AUGACUCGUCUCCUCCACGAAUGCAUUGCCUACCAACGAGCCCUGGAUCUUGAACUGGACACCAUUCUUUCCCAACGCUCCGAUGUCGACAAACAACUGUCCAACCUCCACAAAUCCACCGAACUCCUUGAGAUCGUCAAGGCCGAUUCCGACCACAUGCUCUCCAAUGUCCGCUCCACAUGCGAUCUCGCCGAUCAGGUCCGCGGCAAAGUCCGCCAACUUGAUCUCGCUCAGUCCCGCGUCAAUGACACUCUUCUCCGCAUCGACGCCAUCGUAGAGAGAGACCUUCCUCCAGAUCGAUGCCAAAUACAGAGAUUCUGGUUCGGAUCAGAGAGAACUGUUGCUAGCAUCGAAGAAACAGCUGAAGGAAUUGUCAGGAAGAGGUUAUCGGCUGCUGUGGAUCAGCGGGACCACCCGGCGAUCCUUCGGUUCAUUAGAUUAUACUCUCCUCUCGGUUUGGAGGAAGAAGGAUUGCAAGUGUACAUAAGUUAUUUGAAGAAAGUAAUUUCGAUGAGAUCUAGGCUCGAAUUCGAGCAAUUGGUGGAAUCGAUGGAGCAACAGCAAUCCUCUGCCGCUGCUACUAAUCAAAAUCAGUUCAAAGACAUUGUGUUAGCCAUAGAAGAAAAUAAUGAGAUUUUAAGGAGUAAUCUAUGCGGUGAAGAUGGAAUUGUGUAUGCCAUAUGUGAGCUCCAAAAUGAGUGUGAUUCUCGGGGUUCCUUAAUUUUAAAGAAAUACAUGGAAUAUCGGAAAUUGGCUAAGUUGACAUCCGAAAUUAAUACUUACAAGAGUAACUUACUUUCUGUUGGAGUCCAAGGACCUGACCCAAGGGAGAUCGAAUUGUAUUUGGAAGAGAUUUUGCAAUUGACACAGUUGGGUGAGGACUACACUGAUUAUAUGGUGUCCAAGAUAAGAGGUUUGAGUUCAGUUGAUCCGGAAUUGCUUCCCCGAGCAACCAGGGCUUUUAGGAGCGGAAAUUUCAGUAAAGUUGUUCAGGAAAUUACGGGUUAUUAUGUGAUUUUGGAGGGGUUCUUCAUGGUGGAAAAUGUGAGGAAGGCUAUUAGCAUUGAUGAGCAUGUACUUGACAGCCUCACAACGUCCAUGGUGGACGACGUGUUCUAUGUUCUGCAGAGUUGCUGCAGGAGGUCGAUAUCCACGUCUAAUAUUAACUCAGUGAUUGAGGUACUGAGCAGUGCUGUGAGUUUGUUGGGUGGCGAGUAUAAUGAAGCGUUGCAGCAGAAAAUGAGGGAGCCUAACCUUGGAGCGAAGCUGUUCAUGGGUGGUGCUGGCGUGCAAAAGACUGGGACAGAAAUUGCAACAGCUUUAAAUAACAUGGAUGUCAGUUGCGAUUAUGCACUGAAACUACGGCAUGAGAUUGAAGAUCAAUGUUCAGAGGAGAGGGAAAAUAGGGCAUGGGUUGAGGUUCUCAAACCCAAAGAUGCUAAGACUUUUAAGGGUCAUGAAGUUCUAUUAAAAGAAGAAGAAAGAUGGAGAUGUGUUCUG